AUGGCAAAGUCAGAUCAGGGAGGGGGGGGAUACGAAGACGUGUGCGGAGACAAGAGGGUGUUCGGGCUUAAAAGAGGAGCUGGUGGAACUCAAAUAGCUGAAGGCGAGGACCUCAAAAAGCUCCCAUGCCGACUUCGGAGAGGGGCUGCGAAUCAAGCUUGCUGUGAUGACCGCGGGCGGCUUCGGUUAGCGGUGCAGAGGCAAGCCAUAUUGUCUUUGUUUUGCGGCGUGUUUUUGAAUCUGGAAAAGAUGCAUUGGAUCUUGCAGUGCUCCGUGGACAGGACGGAAUGUGGCCGUGUUGCCCCGCGUGCCGAUGAAUGUGCGCUGCCCCGCCAAAAAGCCAUUCACGUAGUCAGCCUCUUCUGCGUCGCAGAAAUGUCGGCACUUUCAACCCUGCCAGCCGAUCCUAACAUGCCUCUCUCUCGGUGCACUGUGUGCUCACCCCUGCCCAGCCAUCUUGCCCGAAUUAGGGAGCACAUGGACCGGAUGCCAACUUCUCUCCGGAUAUACCCCCCGUCAUUCUCCACAUUUCGUGACAAGACCUACUACACAUAUGCAAAAACAAAAAAAAACAAAAAAAAUAUAUACGUAUAG